UCGUUAUAAAGUAUUAUUUGGGUGUGUAAUUAUGGAAUUUACUAUAAAAUAUUCACCUUCCAUCUCUAUUUGAUAGGAAGCCCUUCUGCUGGAUUUACAGUCCAGGAAUUAUCACCAACGAAGGACAUUAAUAAAAGAGAAUUUUCCCACUUAAUGAUAUUGAAGAGCAAUGAAAGCCAUGGCAUCAAGGAUGUUGAUCUCAAGGAAGUUUGGGAAAAUCUGCACGAGUUUGAGAGUCAGAGGGAGUAUGAUACAAGAAAUGACAAAGUGCCUUUGACCCGUAACAAAAAUCUCACUUGUAGAAGAGACCGGCAGCUUAACCAGUCCUCAGUUACUCUUCCUGAAAAGCAGAGUGCUUCUGUGAGAAAGAAUAUGUACCACUAUUUCAUGGAUGAUGAGCGAUUUAUCAGGAAUUUCUUAAAACUGGACAAUAACAGAAGUGGUGCCGGAAACCAGUACAUAAACUGCUUGGAAAAUACAAUUGGAUUAAGUCUGGCCGAACUGCAGAGAUUUCAUCGUGAGGAGAAAACGUGUGCAUGUAAUCCAAUUGAGAAGAGUGUCAGCAAUGGUUCCUCAGUUUCACCACAUGAAAGAACUCCUCCCAGUACCAAAAACAUUUGGAAUAAAUCUAGGAAGAUUUUUAAAUAUCCUUUGUUACCUGCACAAGACAGGAGCGCAUACCCUAGAGGAAAAUCUUACAAAUGUAAUGACUGUGGGAAGGCUUUUAACAAAAGCACAAACCUCAUGAAUCAUGAGAGAAUUCAUUGUGGACAGAGACCUCACAAGUGUAAUGACUGUGGCAAAGCCUUUACAUACCGUUCAAAUCUUACUCGACAUAAGAAAAUCCAUACUGGAGAGAAACCUUACAAAUGUAAUGAGUGUGGCAAAGCGUUUACCCAAUGUGCAAACCUUACUAGGCAUCAGAUAAUACACACUGGAGAGAAACCACACAAAUGUAAUGUGUGUGACAAGGCUUUCAACCAAAGUUCAAGCCUUAUGGCACAUCAGAGAAUUCAUACAGGAGAAAAACCUUAUAAAUGUAAUAAAUGUGAUAAGGCUUUUUUCAAACGUUCAGACCUUUGGUGUCAUGAGAGAACUCAUACUGGAGAGAAACCUUACAAAUGUAGUGAGUGUGGCAAAGCCUUUGCUGAGCAUUCAAAUCUUACUCAACAUAGAAGAAUCCAUACAGGACAGAAACCUUACAAAUGUAAUAAAUGUGAUAAAGCUUUUAUAAAACGUUCAGACCUUUGGGGUCAUGAGAGAUCUCAUGCUGGAGAGAAACCUUACAAAUGUAAUGAGUGUGCCAAAGCUUUUUCCCACUUUGCAACCCUUAGUACACAUAAAAAAAUACACACUGGAGAGAAACCACACAAAUGUAAUGUGUGUGACAAAGAUUUUGUCCGAAGUUCAAGCCUUAGGAGACAUCAGAGAAUUCAUAAGGGAGAAAAACCUUAUAAAUGUAAUAAAUGUGAUAAGGCUUUUAUCAAACAUUCAGACCUUUGGAGUCAUGAGAGAACUCAUAGUGGAGAGAAACCUUACAAAUGUAAUGACUGUGGGAAGGCUUUCAGCAAAAGUGCAAACCUUAUGAGUCAUGAGAGAAUUCAUUCUGGACAGAGACCUUACAAAUGUAAUGACUGUGGCAAAGCCUUUACAGACUGUUUAAAUCUUAUCCACCAUAGAAAAAUCCAUACUGGAGAGAAACCUUACAAAUGUAAUGAGUGCGGCAAAGCAUUUACCCAAUUUGGAAACCUUACUAGGCAUCAGAAAACACAUACUGGAGAGAAACCACACAAAUGUAAUGUGUGUGACAAGGCUUUUAUCCGAAGUUCAAGCCUUAUGGCACAUUGGAGAAUUCACAGGAGAAAACCUUAUAAAUGUAAUAAAUGUGAUAAGGCUUUUAUCAAACAUUCACACCUUUGGGGUCAUGAGAGAACUCAUACUGGGGAGAAACCUUACAAAUGUAGGGAGUGUGGCAAAGCCUUUGUUGAGCGCUCACAUCUUACUCAACAUCGAAAAAUCCAUACUGGAGAGAAACUUUACAAAUGUAAUGAGUGUGGCAAAGCGUUUACCCAAUUUGCAAAUCUUACUAGGCAUCAGAAAAUACACACUGGAGAGAAACGAUACAAGUGUAAUGUGUGUGACAAGGCUUUUAUUGAAAGUUCAAGCCUUAUGAGACAUCAGAGAAUUCAUACAGGAGAAAAAACUUAUAAAUGUAGUAAGUGUGAUCAGGCUUUUAUCAAACGUUCAGACCUUUGGGGUCAUGAGAGAACUCAUACUGGAGAGAAACAAAUGUAA